AUCUCUCUCAAACUCUAUAUCAGAUUUCAUGUCUACAUCCAUUUCUCCUCAUCUUCCUCCAGCUUUCUUUCUCAGUCUCUCUCUUUAAAGCCCUUUAUUUGUGUGCAAAUUUCUAGCAUUCUUAUCCAGUCUUCUUCUGCAAAUACAAAUGGUCCCAAAAACCAAGAAUGAUUUAUCUCUAGAUUCUGCAAGAAGCGAUGAAGCAUCAUCAAUAAAAGUGCCCAAAACCCAAGAUUUAUCAGAUGCUUCUGCACCAGCCGGGGUAGUUGCCAAUGGUGGAAGAGCGCAAACUGGCUCUCAACAAGUUGCAGCAGCUGCUGAUAUUUCCACAGCACCAAAACCACAAGAAGGGGAGGAUGAGAAAUUGAGGAAUACAACUAACAGACAAGCUGCCAUUGCAAUGGGGGAAUAUGAUGGAUCAGAAUAUGUGGUAAUUAAUGAGGUUCCUCCUCCUAGAGCUGGUCAUAGUAGUAGGAAAGUUUCGGUUUUGCCCCUUGUUUUCCUCAUCUUUUAUGAAGUAUCAGGGGGCCCAUUUGGGGUUGAGGAUAGUGUUAAUGCUGCUGGUCCUCUUUUAGCUCUUCUGGGAUUUUUAGCAUUUCCAUUCAUAUGGAGUAUUCCUGAGGCGUUAAUCACAGCUGAGAUGGGAACUAUGUUUCCUGAAAAUAGUGGUUACGUCGUUUGGGUUUCAAGCGCUUUAGGUCCGUUCUGGGGUUUCCAGCAAGGUUGGGUGAAAUGGUUAAGUGGGGUUAUUGAUAAUGCUCUGUAUCCUGUUUUGUUUCUGGAUUAUUUGAAAUCUGGUUUCCCUGCAGUCGGUCAUGGUUUCCCUAGGGUCCUUGCUGUAUUGGCCUUGACUAUUGUCCUAACUUAUAUGAACUAUAGGGGUUUAACAAUUGUUGGAUGGGUUGCUAUUCUGCUUGGCAUCUCUUCACUCCUGCCUUUUGCAGUUAUGGGACUUAUUUCAAUUCCUAAGUUAAGGCCCGGAAGAUGGUUUGUGGCAGAUAUUCACCAUGUAGAUUGGAAUUUGUAUCUGAAUACCCUCUUUUGGAAUCUGAACUAUUGGGACUCUAUAAGCACACUUGCAGGGGAGGUAGAGAAUCCAAAGAAAACUUUGCCAAAAUCUCUUUUCUAUGCAGUGAUUUUAGUGGUUGUUAGUUAUUUCAUUCCUCUUCUGGUUGGAACUGGUGCUGUUCCACUGCAGAGGGAUAAGUGGACGGAUGGUUAUUUUUCAGAUAUUGCAAAGAUGCUAGGUGGUGUAUGGUUGAGAUGGUGGAUUCAGGCUGCUGCAGCUAUGUCAAAUAUGGGGAUGUUUGUAGCUGAGAUGAGCAGCGAUUCUUUUCAGCUUCUUGGUAUGGCUGAAAGAGGAAUGCUUCCUGAGUUCUUUGCCAAGAGAUCUCGCUAUGGUACACCUCUAAUUGGGAUCCUUUUUUCAGCUUCAGGUGUGUUUUUGCUUUCAUGGAUGAGCUUUCAGGAAAUAGUAGCUGCUGAGAACUUCUUAUAUUGCUUUGGAAUGAUAUUGGAAUUUAUUGCUUUUGUCCGGUUAAGAUACAAGUAUCCAAAUGCAUCUCGCCCAUAUAAGAUUCCAGUGGGAAAUAUUGGAUCCAUUCUAAUGUGUACACCACCAACCAUACUGAUAUGUGCUGUCCUGGCAUUUUCUUCUCUGAAAGUCAUGAUUGUAAGUCUCAUUGCUGUUGUCAUAGGGCUAGUAAUGCAUCCAUGUCUUAAGCAUUUUGAAAAGAAAAGAUGGAUGAAGUUCUCCAUAAGUUCUGAUCUUCCAGAUAUUCAAGCUACUGCUCGCGAGAGCACAGAGACCUUUAUUGCCUAACAAAUAUGUGGUAUCUUCAUAUUCAGAAGACCAUUUAGCCCAAAGCAAGUUCCUGAUGCAAGAAAUUUCAAAUUUUAAAUCCUGGAGAAAGCAUUGCUAUCUUGGGAUGAAGCCCUAAAACGUGGCCAGAAGAUCUUUGUGGAUGACAAGCAUGUGAUGAGAGCUUUUGGGUCUUGUUAGAUAAUUUCCUUACUUUGAUGCUUUUAUGUCAUUGGAGGUUCUUACCAUCAGAAUAUGUAUAUUUGCUUCAGUUUUAGUUCAAAUUGAUGUUUCCUGAAACAGAAAAUGUUUUAUUAUUGGAAAAGAACCUGCAGUUUUUAGUCAGGCUACUAUGGGAUGCGUUAGCAAGUUCAUGAAUAAUGAAUGCUUGUUGAUUCUUAAA